GCCGGGCGGGCGGGUGGGGCCGGCUGGGCUGGAGCUGGGCUGGGGCGGCGAGGCCUGGAGCGGCGGCGGCGAUGCGGCCAGGAUGGCCGUCUCGGGGCUGAAGGCCGAACUGCGCCUCCUCGAGUCCAUUUUCGGCCGCGACCACGAGCGCUUCCGCAUCGCCUCCUGGAAGCCCGACGAGCUGCAUUGCCUCUUCGUGCCCCCCGACGGCCCCGGCCCGGCCCCGCCGCCCGCCAUCCACUGCAACAUCACGGAGUCCUACCCAUCUUCCUCGCCAAUAUGGUUUGUGGAAUCAGAUGACCCCAACUUGACUUCAGUGCUGGAGCGACUAGACGAUAUUAAAAGCAAUACUUUGCUUCUCCAGCAGCUGAAGCGGUUGAUAUGUGACCUCUGCCGGCUCUACAACCUUCCCCAGCAUCCGGAUGUCGAAAUGUUAGAUCAGCCUUUGCCGUCUGGCCAGAAUGGAACGACCGAAGAGGUGACAUCAGAAGAGGAAGAGGAGGAAGAUAUGGGUGAAGACAUCGAUCUGGAUCAUUAUGACAUGAAGGAGGAAGGGCCUGCCGAAGGGAAGAAAACGGAGGAUGACGGCAUCGAGAAGGAGAAUCUGGCCAUCUUGGAAAAAAUUCGGAAGAAUCAAAGGGAGGAUCACCUAAACGGUGCGGUUUCUGGGUCUGUCCAAGCAUCGGAUCGACUAAUGAAAGAGCUCAGGGAUAUAUAUAGGUCGCAAAGUUUUAAGACAGGGAUUUAUUCAGUGGAACUCGUGAAUGACAGCUUGUAUGAGUGGCACGUGAAACUUCUAAAGGUCGAUCCCGACAGUCCGUUACACAGCGAUCUCCAAGUCUUAAAAGAGAAAGAAGGCGUGGAAUAUAUUUUACUCAGCUUCUCUUUUAAGGAUAAUUUUCCAUUUGACCCUCCAUUUGUACGAGUAGUCUCUCCAGUACUCAGUGGAGGGUACGUUCUGGGUGGAGGCGCCCUAUGCAUGGAACUUCUAACCAAACAGGGUUGGAGCAGCGCCUAUUCCACAGAAUCGGUCAUCAUGCAGAUUAAUGCCACGUUGGUCAAAGGAAAGGCCAGAGUUCAGUUUGGGGCGAAUAAGAGCCAAUACAAUCUAGCAAGAGCACAGCAGUCUCAUAAAUCUCUAGUACAGUUACAUGAGAAAAAUGGUAUGUAUGUAUGGCUGGUUCACACCUCCAAAAGAAGAUGGAUAAUAUUGAGGGCCACAUUUAACAUUUGGACCAAUAUCAGUAAAAGAUUUUAUUUGCAGACUCAAGCUAUAAAUGCCCCAUAACAGCUCAUAAAUGAAUCAGUCAAUAUCCAGUAUAAAAUUACAGCCAUACUGUUCUGCUCAUUGGACAAAUAUUUUGGACAGAACAAUUUAAGACUUUCCUAUAUUUUCCCAGCGGAUUGAACACACCUGCGUUUUAGUACUGAGUCCCUCAAACUGGGUUCUUGGUUUACUCAAAAUUUCCUAUUGACUUUUCUAUGCACUUCAGGGGUGGUUGACGUUUUUUUUUUCUCCAGAAUGGACUGCAGAGGAUUGCAAUAUAUUUUAUUUAAAGCCAACCAAGAGGAAUAAAAUUAGUUUGAUAAUGUG